AUGUGUGUUGAUAUUGGACGAGAUCACCGAUCUGAGAUACGUCGAGAACGAACCCGUUUCAUCAUUGACUACAUUCUUUCCAUCUCUGCAAGAACUCUGAUUAGUGAUCGAGGAUUGCUCAAAGUUGGAUUCAGUGCCAUUUUUUUCCCAACUCUUGAACAAGGAUUAGUGCUGGACUCUACUUGCUGGAGUCCAUUCCAACUCACGGUGAAGCACAGACCAAAACCCUUACUUUCAAUGGCGGCGGACAUACCGAGCAUGAUCAUCGUUUUGAAGCAGAUGUCUGAGUUGGUGGGAUCUGAAGCCAUGAAGGAGAGAGCUUUAGAUGACUGUCUGAAACUAGAAAGCAUCAUCUCAGAUCUAAUAUUUGUUUUACAGAGAGUACAGCAGCAGCCGUAUAUGAAUCUGGAGCGGGUUGAAGAUGCAGUUUAUGAAGCUUAUGACUUUCUGGACGAUUGCUUAGCAGUGGUUUCUUCUGGACGUCGAAGAAGAAGAGUCGCGUCUCCAAACAAAAAUAUUAACAUAGCCACAAAGGUAGGCAGUUUCUUCUCACUUGCCUCCUCAAACCCAAUUGUUUUUCGGCACAACAUGGGUUACGCAACGAAGAAACUCAGGAAAGCUCUUCAACGAAGUGUGGCGCUCACAAAUAUUCGAGUUCAUGCGGAUGUGAUAAGGGCCGCAUACCUGUUUGCAGAGGCCGGAAAGCAGCUACCGUCAUAUCCACAUGUAAAGGAUGAAAACAUCAUUGGGAGGGAUUUGGACAAAGGGCAAAUCAUGAAACUUGUUCUCGAAGCUGCAGAUAUUGAAUCAACUGAACAGAAUCCUAGGGUCGUUCCUGUCGUUGGCUUUAAAGGAAUAGGAAAAACAACCCUUGCUAGGCUUGUUUACCAGGAACCGGUGGUCAGAGAAUGUUUUGAUCUGAGGAUGUGGGUUUGCGUUGAAGAUCGAUUUGAUGUUAGAUUUAUCGUCUUGGGUCUUAUGGGUUCUGUAGAACGUGAGCGCCUUGAUUAUCUUCAGAUGGAUCAAUUGCAAAAGGAACUCCGGAAAACAAUAAAUGGAAAGAGAUUCUUCGUUGUGCUAGAUGAUGUGAGGGAUAUAAGUCGGGAAAGUUGGCUGAGCUUAAGAAACCUGUUAGUGGGUGGUGCAGAGGGUAGCACGGUGUUAGUGACUACCCGCAGUGAAAAGGUUGCUAACAUCGCGCGCACAGUUGCUCAAUCCUAUCACUUGGGUCGUUUGAACAAUGCAGACUCUCGGCUUCUACUAAAAAGAGCAGCUUUUCAUACAAAUGAUGGAGAGGAGGAGGUCCAAGCAUUCGAGGAAAUAGGGAGACAAAUUGCAGCAAAAUGCGAGGGAGUUCCUCUUGUCAUAUGGUGUGUUGGGUCAUCACUGCGUUUAAAAGGUGUUGAUGAGUGGCAGAGUUUUGAUGCUAAGGAGGAAAUUGCUCGAGUAAGGAGAAAGUACGACGAAGAAAGUGACAAUAAACAGACUAAAGUAGCGAGUGGAAUGAGGGAGACUCACUCUUUUGUACCUCAGGAAGAGAUUAUUGGGAGGGACGCUGACAAGGAAGCAAUCAUGGAACAGUUGUUGGCACACAGUUCUGAAGAGAAUGAACUAAUGGUCAUUGCCAUAGUUGGCGCUGCAGGAUUAGGGAAAACAGCCCUCGCACAGCUCAUUUUCAAUGACUCCCGGGUCCAAGACCAUUUUGAUUUAAGCAUCUGGGUGUGUGUCACUGAGGACUUUGACUUGAAAAAGAUUAUGAUGAAUAUUAUUGUAUCAGUGACAAGUAAAGACCCAGGUUACCCGGAAUUGGAAGAAUUAGCACGUGAUAUUCAUCAAGAAAUACUUGGAAAGAGGUAUCUCCUCAUACUUGAUGAUGCGUGGAAUGAGGAUCAUGAAAAGUGGUCGCGUUUAUUAUCCUUUUUAUCUUCCGGUGCAAAUGGAAGCAGAGUAAUUGUAACUACACGUAAUGAAAAUGUUGUAGUAAAUCUGGCAAGCGAAAAGCAUACGCAUCGGUUGAAAUCUCUAGACGAGGCCAGUUCUUGGUCUUUAUUCGUGAAAACAGCCUUUGAGAAAGGACAGCAACCAACUAACUCCAACAUUAUAAAGAUUGGAAAGGAUAUUGUAGCAAACUGUGGUGGAAUGCCUCUUGCCAUAAAGACAAUAGGAGGGAGAUUGUAUUUUAAAAAUUCGGAAACAGAGUGGCAGUCAUUCUACGAGAAGGAACUCCCAAAGAUAUUAAAUACUGGAGCAGAUAUGCUAGCAUCUCUUAUGUUGAGUUAUGAUGACCUCCCAUACUUUCUGAAGGCGUGUUUUUUUUAUUGUGGUCUAUUUCCUAAAGAUUAUGAAAUCGACGUGCAAACACUCGUAAACUUGUGGAUGUCACUGGGUUUUAUAAUAAAGCCGAAUCCAGAUUUAAAUCUCGAGGACGUGGGUUAUGGGUAUUUUGUUGAUUUACUUCGAAGAUCAUUCUUUCAAGAAACUAUGCGAGAUGAGCAGGGCCGUAUAACAAAAUGCAAAAUGCAAAAUUCCAUGUGUGAUCUUGCCAGGUCAGUAGCUCAGAAUGUAUGUGCAACUAUUGGUAUAAAGGGGGGAAUUAAUGGUGCAAAAUCUCGUCAUGUAUCAUUUGAUUUUCAUUUAGAUUCAUCCUGGCAUAUUCGUUUGUUGGCUCAAUCAAAAAGGAUCCAAAGCUUGAUUUUGCCUACGCAAUUACGACAGGAAGUUGAAGGGAGAUCAAGUGAGUCGGUUUGUGAAGAAGUUACAAAAUUUAAGUACUUACGCAUGUUGGAUUUGCAUAAUUCAGGGAUCAAGGUCGUGUCGGAUUCUAUUGGUGAUUUGAAGCAUCUGAGGUAUCUCGAUCUUUCUCAGAAUUUGAAUAUCAAGGCAUUGCCAAAUUCUAUCGGUAAGCUGCACCAUUUGCAAACUUUGAAACUCAAUCAUUGCAGUAAUCUUCAGAAGUUGCCAGGAGCCAUUAGAAAGUUAGUCAAUUUGAGAAAUCUCGAAAACGAGUCCUGUUAUUGCUUGACCCAUAUGCCACAACGACUCAGUCAACUUUCUAAUCUCCAGACAUUAUCGGAAUUCGUAUUGAGCAAGGGCAUUUGCUCUGCCUCCAAUCAGAGUGCUAAGCUUGAUGAACUUGCGGAACUCAAUGAAUUGAGAGGCAAGCUCAAAAUUAAAAACUUGAGCUGCUUGGGAGGUGAUGAGACAACAAGAGCAAGGUUGAAAGAAAAGCAGUAUCUUCUAUCCUUGAUCUUAAUUUGGGAUAUUGAUGCUGUUAAUGUAGAAUCUGAUUAUGAAAAGUUACUGGAAGAUCUUCAGCCGCAUCCAAAUCUCAGAGAAUUGUCUUUAUCUGCUUAUGGAGGGGUUAGGUUUUCCAGUUGGCUUCCUCAACAUGAAAAUCUUGUGAAAUUUUCUUUAUCCAGAUGCAGAAAAUGUCAAUGCCUACCGCCACUACAUCGCUUACCUCGUCUUGAAGUGCUGUUGGUGGAUGAGUUGCCGGAGCUAGAGUACAUUUCUGACAAGAAUGAAUCAGGAGCAUUCUUUCAAUCCCUCAAAGAGCUGCAACUUACGAAUUUGCCAAAAUUAGCGCGGUGGUGGAAACGUGCAGCUGGUGAUGAAAAAACGACAUUUUCACGUCUGUCUAAGCUGAUCAUCAAGGAUUGUCCCAGUCUAAUUUCCAUGCCACUGUUCCCAUGUUUAGAAGAACUAUUAGUGCUGAAAAAUACCAGAGGGGAGCCUUUCCAAGAGACUAUUGCAGCACGUCGAAUUCCAAGCACAACAUCUGAAGCAUCAUCAUCUACUUCCUCAACAACCGUCCCUCCCUCAGUCCCUCUCUCCAAAUUGAGGACUCUAUGCCUCAUCAACAUGCCCAAUGGCGGUCCGAAAAUGUGGCAGUCCCUUUCAAGCCUCCGUUCUGUAACACUCGAUCAUCUUCAAGAUAUAAAGACUCUCCUUGAAGGGCUUGAGCAAGUAACCAACCUGCAAGAACUCCAUGUUUGGCGUUGUGAUAGUUUGGAGGAGAUAAGUUGGCUCAGCAAAAUCAGAUCACUCAGGAUACUUUCACUGAGGCUGUGCCCCAAUUUGACGAUACCUCGUGAUAGAAUUAGCCUCAUCACCUCCUUACAGAAGGUGGAGAUUGAGGAAUGCCCUCGGAUUUCUCACAUCGAACGCAUGCUUGAGGAUCGCUUAUACAGGCAAUAAUUCAGAAUCCGCAGCUUCUUUAGUCUUAAAUUUAAUUUACUCGGGCCCUGAAUAAAAGAUUUAAUGAAGGUCC